UUUGCCCUUUUUUCCAGUAAAGUCUUCUCCUGAUAUAUAAAGAAGCUGUGACAAAUGUGCAAAACAGAAUCCAAAUUUUCAUCCAUUUAAAACUGUGACCAAAAAAAGGACAUGCUCAGAAUGGAGAAGGCUAUCCUCAUGUACCUUGUCCUGCAGCUGUGUUUAUCCUGGACUUCGAAUAGCUACUGUGCUGCUCAAACACUGACAGACAAAGCCCAGGAAAAAGGAACCUUUGAAAUAUGCAGUUCAUUUGCAUCACUUAACCCAAGAAUUGCUUUCCAUGCCUGCGUGGCAGGAGAAAAAGUACUUAAACCUCCUCUGGAUCCCAUAGCAUACGAUAAUGUUGUGCUCAACAAUGCAGAUGGGUACAACAAGGCGACUGGUGUUUUCACUUGUACCAUCCCAGGUGUAUACGUCUUCACCUACUCUCUGCUUCCAGCAAAGGAUUCUACUGAUACCCUUUUAUGGCUGAAAAAGAAUGGUGACAAAGUCAACUAUAUUCACAGUAUUAGUACUGCAGGGAAUGCCCAAACAGCAUCGUUAAAUGCAGUGCUUCAUCUCAAUGCUGGUGACAAAGUGUGGGUACAGCUACAACAAGGAGGGUCUUGGACUGGGAGCAACUCACUAUGUUUCCAAGGAUAUCAGUUGUUUACUGACUAAGUGGAAUAAAUGUAGUCUUCUGCAUAUACAGUGAAUGCUAGAUAUUCGUUAAGUUAUGCUUAUAUUAAAUGAGAAAAGACAUACUGUAGUUUCUGAAUUUUAAUAAUUUUUCCAACUAUUGUUUCACAUUUUGUACAGCUUUUACUUGUUUUACAUCCUGCCUCUUUCAUAUACUUACAAGACAAAAGCGAUCAUCUUGCCAUUUUAUUCUCAGUUAUAACUGUUUAUUGUUUUUAUUUUAAAUUGUUUACAUAUUUUACUAGCCAUAAAAAUUAUUGCUACUUACAUAGUCUUGAAUAAAGCAAAAAAAGGUUAUUUGGAAAAAA